GGGGCUAGUCGCUGCUGCUGCUGUUGGUGUCUUAACAGUUUAAGAUACAAGACCUUCUCCCGCCUGUCUGUGUCUUAUAUCCAAAAACAGACAUGUCUGACUUCACUGAGGACCAGAUCAUGGAGUACAAGGAAGCCUUCCUUCUGUUUGACCGGACGGGUGAGGGGAAGAUAACCUAUAGCCAGUGUGGUGAUGUUAUGCGGGCCGUUGGACAGAACCCUGUCAAUGCUGAGGUGCUCAAAGUCCUGGGAAACCCCAAAUUAGAAGAGAUGAACCACAAGUUGCUGGAUUUUGAACAGUUCCUGCCCAUGCUUCAGGCCAUUACUAAGAACAAGGACCAGGGCUCCUUUGAGGACAUUGUAGAGGGGCUGCGAGUCUUUGACAAGGAGGGAAAUGGUACGGUGAUGGGAGCAGAGCUACGUCAUGUCCUCACCACACUAGGUGAAAAAAUGACAGAGGAGGAGGUGGAGACUCUUUUAGCAGGACAUGAAGAUGCCAAUGGCUGCAUUAACUAUGAAGAACUCGUCCGGAUGGUUAUGAGCGUUUGAGGAGUUCAGAAACACACUUCCAGCUUCUUCUCUUCUUCCAAAAUACUUAUGUAUUGUUUCUCAUCUUGCCCUUCCAUCCAUGUCAUCCUACCUCCAACAAGUCUGUGUUUUGUUUAUUUAGACCUCUUUAUUUUAUUUCAAAAAGUGCCUUUUCUGUCUAAUGUGAAAAGACCCUUUCAUCUCAUUUUCCACACAUUAUUCAGCCUCGCAGGCACAAUCGACAGUAAUAUUCCCUCGAUGAUUUAACUUUUGUCAUUUUUGUCAAUCAACCCCUGUCAGUCUUGUUGUCUUUUUUUUUUUCUUUUGGAUGGAUAUAAUAA